AUGGCGAUCAUUGCGUCGCCAGAGCUCGCCAUGCUCCAGAGCGAUACGCUGCACGCCACCACCCCAAGCGCAUCCGCUAUGCAGGCAGAGAUCAUCUUCAACGUGCUGCCGCCAUCGGCGGGCAAGUCGUUCAUGGUGCUGCUCAUCAUCAUGUGCCUCUGCCUCGGCGCCGUCGUCAUGGAGCUCUUCAACCACAUCCGCUUCGACAUCAACCUCAUCCGCAAGUCGGGCUGGUCGCAGCCCGCCAAGCUCGUCUCGCGCCUCGCCUACCUCUCCUGCCGCUACCUUUCGGUCGUCUGCCUUACCCUCGUCGUCCUCUUCCUCUCGCUCAAGUUCGACAACUGCAAGGCCAUGCCCGAGGCGUUCAACAUCCUCGGCAUGAUCCUCCUCGACUCGGUCUCGCUCGUCUUUGUACAGAGGACCAUGGCUCUGUACAGCUGGAAGGCAAAGAUCGUCACACCCCUCACCCUAUACUACUGCGUCGUGCUGGCUGCCGCAGCAGUGUGCAUCCCCUUUUACGGCGUCGGUUACCGCAUUCCGGGCACAGAGUUCUGCGCCUACGACACGCGCAGGCAUCUCACCCGCACGCUCGUGGCCAACGUCGUGUACAAGUCGCUCAGCAUGGGCCUCGACGUCAUCAUGCUCUUGCUCACCCUCCACAGGCUGCUCGACGGCGGUCUCAAGGCGAUCCUCAACAAGAAGCCGCAGCAGCUCUACUCGGGCCUCAACGACCGCAGUCUGUCAAGCUUCCUCAUCCGCCAAGGUUUCCACUUUUACGUGCUCCAGCUCGGCACCGACAUCUUUUUCGUGUCCACCUACUUUUCGCUCACCGAGCCGUCGUACCAGGUGCUGGGCACGGCGCUCGUCUUCUGCGUGCCGCCGAUUGCUGCUGCCGCUGCGUUCAGAGAGAUGGGCAAGAAGGCCUCGCUCAUCACGCAGCGCAACGGAUCCAAGGUCAACGAGAUCAUGAACUCGACUGGCUCGCCCUCGGGCGACAACUCGGCAGCCGCUCGUGGCACGCGUGGCCUGCGGGGCUCAGCGGCGGCCAUCAGCGGUGCGAACCACGGCGCGGAAUCGGCGGUGGACCCUUCGGCAGUGGGUGUCAACUCGUUUGUGCUGCAAGCUAGGUCGAACCCGGGCAACGGCAGCGCGCAGCCGGAAAAGACGACGCGCAUCUCGUGGGGAGGUCGCCGCAACUUUACGCGCUCGCGCAACGAUCUCACCGAGGUCGACAACGGUAUCCUCGUCACCAUCGGCACCGUCUCGCGCUCCGAGGAGGUCGACGAGCAGUGGGAUGGCGGCUCGCCGCGCUACUCGUCCGACAACCCGGACCCGGACACGCUCGAGAUGCAGCGCCAGUGGCCGAGGCUUGCGAUCAAGAGCCCGAACCCGGGAUCCGAGGCGGCACACAGGUCGUCCGAGGGCCACAGCUCGAGCGAAAAGGUGGACCCGGACGGUGUUGGGUUUGAGCCUGUGCAGGUGCCGACGCUGGCGCGCCGACCGACGGGCGGCAACCAUGCCUACCCGCCGCACCUUGCGCCGGCGGUCGAGGCGGGCAGUCCGUGGAUCCCGCAGACGCCCGAAAGCCCGUACCCAGCCACGCUGCUCUCGCCACGCCAGUUCUCGCGCAACCAGUCCGUGUCGGACGCCUCGCGCGCAAACUCCUUCUCUAGGCAGCAGCAACAGCAACCUCUGGAUGAAGACGACAGCCCCUGGCGCGCUCUUUGA